AUGGACACCGGUGGUGGCCGCUACUUUCCCUUCCCGGUCUUCUCCGCGGCGAACCUGGCCGGCAACGCCGCCUCGGCCGACUUGUCUCUCCUCGCUGCAAAUCACAACUGUGCGUCCUUGUGGUGCUUUGAGCAUGAGGAGCCGAUGCUCGGUGGGCCGCUGCGCUACGGCAGCUCAUGGCGGUAUCGCCUGCGUCACGUCGUGUCCGGCAUGUACGUGGCGGUGUGCGGCUCGGCGGUGGAUGUGAUGCUGGAGGGCUACGACGAUGACGGGGAGGGGGACAACGCGUCUGGUAAAGGGGCGACAGCGCCCAUUCCAACUGCCGCGCCGCCGUCCAUUGCCGCUGUGUUUGCGAACGAAAGCGAUGACAGCGAGAGUGACGACGGUGUGCACCAAAUCAACGGCGGCAGAUCGUCGCGGUCCGCGUCCCGCUCCGGUCGCACGAAGGCCGGUACGGCCGCCGCGGUGGUCACGCCCUCCGACGUCGACCUCACGCCGCGGCCCGCGGAGAUCCGUCCGACGAGUCUCUGCCUCAUUCCUCCGCCCCGCACACGAAGGGAGAGGGAGGCGACUCUCUUCUGCGAGGAGCCGAUGUACGCGACGGAGGCCGCGGUUGUCGUGGAGCAGACGUGUCUCCGCGUGAAAAACACGCUGACCGGAAUGUACCUCAUCACGGACGCCGGCGUGGAAGGCAGCGACGGCUGCCCUCGCUGGACUGGCAGCCGUCGCGUGCAGACCCGGUGGUGGCGGCGUACGUCUCCCACCGGCUGCAGAUGGAGACGCAGUUUGUGGUGUCGCAGUGCGGGUGGCUGA